AUGUUAGAGGGAUUCACAGAGCCUGCAAAGAAAGUAAUUAUAGGCGCACAGCAAGAAGCUCACCUUCUGGGGCACAAGUAUAUCAGCACAGAGCAUAUUCUUUUGGCUCUUAUCAGUGAUGCAGGAGGUUUGGCUGCAAAAGCUCUUCAAUCUGCAAAGUUAAAUCUCAAUGUCAUGAGGGAACAAGCCGAGAAGAUAUUUGGAAGAGGGGGUGGUUCUAGCGGCUUUUCUUCCAUGGAAUUGCGAUUCACUCAUGGAGCACAGCUGGUUCUUAAGCUCACACAAGGAGAAGCACAAAGAGUGGGCCAUUCUUUAGCUGAUGAUAGGGAUCUGCUUCUGGGCUUGCUUAAAGGGUGUGAUGGUGGCAUAACUGGUUUGCUUCAAAAUCAAGGUCUUGAUGUAAACAAUAUUGGAGACCAGGUAAGCAGGCAUAUGGAAGGUGAGAAGGAAAAAGCUUCUAGCUCGAAUGAUCAAUGUGCACAAGGUAGUAAUAAGAACAUUCAGGAGCCUACUCUUAGUGUGCCUAUAAAAAUGAUUGCUGGUGAGAAGGAAAAAGCCUCUAGCCCCAAUGAUCAUUGCGCCGAAGAUUGCAGUAACGAGAUCAGUCAGAAAACAACACACAGUGUGCCCAUAAAAAUGAUUGCUGAUGAGAAGGAAAAUCUUUCUAACCCAAAUGAUCAGUAUGCAAAAGGUUGUACUAAUGAGAACAGUCAGAAGCCAAUUAUCAGUGUGCCUAUAAAGAUGAUUGCAGGUGACAAGGAAAAAACUUCUAGUAAUGAGAAUACUCGGAAGCCAACUCUUAGUGUGCCUACAAAGAUGAUUGUAGGUGAGAAUGGAAAAACUUCUUGCUUGAAGGAGCAGUGUGAUCAAGGUUGUAGUAAUGAGAAUAGUCAGAAACCAACUCUUAGUGUCCUAGUGAAGAUGAUUGCAAGUGAGAAGGAAAAAGCUUCUACUAAUGAGCAUAGCCAGAAGCCAACUCUUAGUGCGCCUAUACAGAUUAUUGCAGGUGAGAAGGAAAACACUUCUAGCUCGAAUGAUCAGUGUGAACAAGGUUGUGGUCAUGAGAAUAGUCAAAAGCCAACUCUUAGCGUGCCUAUAAAGAUGAUUACGGACGAGAAGAAAAAAACUUCUCGUUCAAAUGAUCAGUGUGCACAAGGUUGUAGUAAUGAGAAUACUCAGAAGCUAACUCGCAGCGUGCCUAUAAAGAUGAUUAAUAUGAUGCCAGCUUCUGAGAAGAAAGAAGUUGGUUCAAAAAAAGUUGUUAAGAUUACGAAUUACCCAACACCAAUCCUAGAUAUGUUUGGAACCAAUCUGACCAAAUUGGCACAGGAGGGUAAGCUUUAUCCUUUUGUGGGAAGGCAAGAGCAAGUGGAACGUGUAAUUCAGAUUUUCUGCAGACGGACAAAAAACAGUCCUUGUCUUGUUGGAGAGCCUGGAGUUGGGAAAACAGCCAUCAUAGAAGGCCUUGCUCAAAAAAUUCUGAGUGGAUCUGUUCCUGGAAAAUUAAAGGGAAAGAAGGUAAUUAAAUUGGAUGUGGCUCAUCUUUUAUAUGAAACAUCAUGUCAGAAAACACCAGAAGAAAGAACAAGCUGUUUGAUAAAGGAAAUUGAAGAAAGUGGAGAUGUUAUUCUCUUUAUAAAGCAGGUUCAUUUCUUUUUUGAAGCAACAAUCAUAGGAACCCGCAAGUUUUCAUAUAUUCUGAAACAUGCACUCCAAAAUGGUGCCAUACAGUUUAUAGGCUCUGCAACUGUGGAUGAGCAUAGAAGGCACAUUGAAAGUGAUGCAGCCCUACAAAAAAUAUUUCAACCAGUUGAUGUUGCUGAACCAUCUGUUGAAGAAACUGUGAAGAUCCUGAAAGGCCUUCGUGGAGUGUAUGGGACUCACCACAACGUCCGAUACACAGAUGAAGCACUUGAGGCUGCUGCAAAGUUGUCCCAGAAGCACAUAUGUGGUAGACUCUUACCUGAAAAAGCAAUUGACUUGAUUGAUGAGGCGGGAUCAUACGUUCAACAUUUUCCAGCAAAGGUACGUAAGUUAUCAGAUGAAGCAGGCCCUUUGCUGCUUAAGUUGAAACUUCAACUUCUGGAUUAUCUCUUCAUGGGGCGCACGGAUCCGCUUCUCAUUCAGCAGCAAAUCAUUCCUUUGAACGUCAAAGGCAGAAAACAGGACAGCCUGAUCCUCGCUGAAAGCCGGCAGGUUCCGCCCGACGACAAGCUUCUCUUCAAGAGCAACAUUAGCAAUAGAAUUCUGACCCAAAGAAGUAGGAAUCCAUUUGAGAAAACGCAGCCAGGAUGGGAAGACAAAAGAAAGCUACGCAGUUUUUUCCCUGAAGUGACAAAAUCUGAUAUUCAGCAUAUAGUGUCAUCCUGGACAGGCAUCCCAGUGAAAGAUGUAUCAAGAGAAGAGGGCGAGUGCCUCCUCAAUUUGGAAGAAAAGCUUCAAAACUACGUUAUUGGACAGAAUGAGGCUAUCAACAUUAUAUGCCGAGCCAUUCGACGUGGCAGACUAGGUCUCGGAGAUAUGACAAAGCCAAUUGCUAGCUUCCUGCUCACUGGUCCCACUGGUGUAGGAAAGACCGAACUGGCAAAAGUACUGGCUGCAGAAUAUUUUGGUUCAGAAGAUGCCAUGAUACGGGUGGAUAUGAGUGAGUACAUGGACAGACACACGGCAGGCAGGAUGGUUGGGGCUCCUCCAGGAUAUGUUGGCUUUAGUGAGGGUGGUCAAUUAACUGAAGCUGUUAAGCAUAGGCCUUAUUCACUAAUCCUUUUUGAUGAGAUUGACAAGGCACAUUCUGAUGUAUUCAAUAUCAUGCUUCAAAUUCUUGAUGAUGGCAGACUCACAGAUGGCCAGGGCCACACAGUGGACUUCAAGAACACACUCAUCAUAAUGACUAGUAACAUUGGUUAUAAUAACAGAAUGAUUGAGGCAGAGAGUAUCUGUAUAAAGAAGCUAGUAAUGGAGGAAAUCAAGAAGCAUUUCAGACCAGAGUUUCUGAACAGAUUGGAUGAGAUAAUUUUGUUCAACCGACUGACAAAGAUGGAUGUGAAGCAGAUUGCAGGUUUAAUGUUGAGACAAGUUUCUGAGAGGAUGAAGGGAAAAGGCAUUGAUUUUUCUGUGACACAAAAGUUCAGUGACCAUGUAGUUGAGCAUGGUUAUGAUCCAAGCUAUGGUGCUAGGGCAUUGAGAAGAACUAUUUCAAGAUUAUUAGAGGAUGCAUUGGCAGAGAAGAUGCUGACAAGAGAGAUAAAGACAGGAGACUCAGUUGUGGUGGAUGUUAGUUCUGAAGGAAAUGUUGUGCUCAAACAGAAAAAUGCUUUUGUGAGUUCUUUCGCGAACACCAAGAAAAUUAUGGAGCCAAAUGUGGUGCAGAAGCCCCCAAAUAUCAUGGUAAAGUCAUUGGAUGAAUGUAAAAUGAAAAUUUCAGAUCUGGAUUUGAUCAAUGACAUGAAGAAGAUUAAUUACUCAGAUUAUUUGUCAUCACCGUCGUCUCCAUCAGGCAUCAGUAAGCUAUCUUCAAACGGAAAGUGGAGUUGCCUGUGCUCGCCGACCACCCAUGCCGGUUCCUUCCGGUGCCGGCACCACCGCGCUUCUUCGGCCCUUUUUCGCGGCAAAUCCGUCGGUUCCAACCUCUCUGAAUUGGCUUCAAAAUCAGGCGGAAUGGGUGACUGA